UGGCCACUACUGGCGGACUCAUUGCAAAUAUAACUGUCAAAAUCAGCUGUUGUAAAUAUACAAACAUUUGUUUACCUUCAAUAUUUCAGAAGAACUGGGUUUACAGUAAAAUUACUCAACUUAAACGUGUUUUUUACGCAGUGCAGUACAGAUUUUUAAAAAAACAGAUAAAAAUACGUUUCUGCAUUGAAAGUCAUACAUGAAAAGUAUAAAGUUUUAAAACCUCAACAUGUGUCACAGUGUUUUAGGUUCUGCCGUUGCACGUCUUGCGUGCACAGUACCGAGAUAAAUGCGUCACGUGAAAAUUUGUGCGACGGUCGUGUACGAUUUUAACCAAAGGUUUUUUGCGUAUUGCGACAACAGAACAAGGAGGGAGAAUUGCGACGGAUUUGCAGGUGUGAAAUCACUUCACGGAUGGCCAUUCUCGGACCGUCGGCUGUAAAUAAAAGUAAACCCGUAACUACGAGGCUUCGAUUGGUCAGUGGGAAUGGGAAGGUUUUUUGUUGAUUUUUCAUUGGCUGCUACAACUCGCGCGAUAGAAAGGUAAAUACGCAUGACGCAUCCUAUCACCUAUCUUCCUAUCCAGGAUGUACAAUAUAAGCUCUGCCAAACUUUAAACUUAAGUCAUUUGCAAAUUUGCAAUAAUGGGAGACUGUGCUGUGAACGUAAUAUUGAUUUAUCUUCAGUAAACAUCGCCAACGUCUUGUUUAUCGAACGAAGUGUCAAAGUACAUGCAAUGAUGGUGCUGAGAGUAGUAUAAUCGCAGAAAAGAAGUUAAGUACUUUUUUUUGAAUGACCUGAAAAACAUGUCUCUGAAUCACUGGAAGUUGAUAAACCACCUGAAGGUGUAUUUGUCGAAGCACUCGCAAGAGAAAGGUGUGCUGGAUUUUGCCAACAAAGAAUGGCUGAGCAUCUUCGAGAAGCUGCCGUUGUUCUACAGCCGAGCUGUGACGGACGGGGAAGUGGAUGGUCCCUCGUGCCAGAGGCAGCAACAGGGGGACGCAGCAGUCGAGCCAAAACCUACGAGAGUGCCGCCUGUCGGGUUGGCACCAGCGAAAGAUGACCACAGUCAUGGCUUGCUCGAUGUCUCGAAGUCGAAGACCGUUAAGCCAGCUGAAGAAAAAAUUCCAGACUCUCCACAGUCAAAGUGGCUGCCGAAACAAUCGGUGUCAAAGGAGAGCAUAUACUCGCGCACGAAGCACGUCGUGACCUCCGUGAUGACGGCUCGGAGCGAGCAGUCGCGGCUCAAGAGGCUGGAGGAGUUGACGAACCACCUGCUCCAGUACCCAGAGGCCAAGAGCCUGGCAGUCCGGGAAGGUGUAGUGCGGAUGCUGUUGCAUAUCCGCCGCCAGAAUGCAGACCCUGAUACGCUGGCUGUGGUUCGUGAAGCAUGCACUCUCUUGGGCCAUGUGGAUCCCCUGCCGGGACGGGGCAUCAGGAUCCUCUCCAUCGAUGGAGGUGGUAUCCGGGGUGUUAUUGUCAUUGAACUGCUGAAAAAACUGGAGAGGUUGACAGGAAAGCGUGUGUAUGAAAUGUUUGACUUCAUAUGUGGUGUCAGUACAGGAGCUAUUCUUCUUUCGGUAUUAGUCCUACAAAAGAAGUCUCUGGAAGAAAUGUCGCAACUGUACAAAGAGCUGAGCAUCAAGGUGUUCACCCAGAAUGCCAUCUGGGGCACCAGCAAUCUCAUGUGGAGCCACUCGUACUACAACACCGAGAUGUGGGAGAGCAUGCUUAGACAGAACAUAGGAGAUGUAGCACUCAUCAAGACUGCUAGAGAUCCGCAGUGCCCCAAGUUGUCAUUUGUGUCAGCGGUAGUGAACCAGGCUCAGUUAUCAGCGUUCGUGUUCAGGAACUACUCGUUCCCACCCAAGAGCAGGUCCCGCUACGCUGGCAGCUGCAAGUACGAAGUGUGGCAAGCGGUGAGGGCAUCGGCUGCCGCGCCUUCCUACUUCGAGGAGUUCCAGCUGGAUGGCUUUCUGCACCAGGACGGUGGUAUCCUGGUGAACAACCCCUGUGGCGUGGCACUCCACGAGGCUACCCACCUGUGGCCAGGCAGCCCAAUCCAGUGCGUGGUGUCCAUCGGCACGGGGCGUCUGCAGUCAGUGCCCACACUGUCCGACAAGCCCUCCGUGGGGAUGUCGUCUUGGAGGACCAAGUUCAUGAAAAUUCUUGACAGCGCAACAGAUACUGAAGUGGUGCACACGGUGAUGAGCGACCUGCUGCCCAGUUCCGUGUACUUCCGCUUCAACCCGCACCUGGCGGAGAUCAUCUCCAUGGUGGAGAUAGACCCGGCCAAGAUCCGGCAGCUGGAGCUGGAGGCUGCGAUGUACUACCGCCGGAACGAGGAGACCUUCGAGGAGGUGGCGAGGGCUCUCACCGCCCCACCGUCGCUGUCCCAGCGCACGCACAGGUGGCUCGAGGAGCUGUGGGCUCGGCUGGCAUAGCGCUCCGGUCCUUCUGGAAACUCCCUUCUGUUUUGAAGCAUUGCUUGCUGUUGCAACCUAUUUCUUUAAAAUUAUUUUUUUCAGCUAUUACACAGUCUAGGAUUUUUGUUUGGCGGUAAUGUUUCGUCACACCUUUGCCUUGAAACAUAGUGUUGAGCAUAACCUGCAACUGCAAGUUGCGAUUUUAAAUUCAGUUAUGUUAUAGCUGUAAAUGAUGAGUAUUGCAGCUGAAUGUUUCCCACUUAAGUGUACAGCAAAUCCCUGUUAAGAAGUUUCUCAGGGUACUUAUACCUGGAUUUACGACCUUUGGUUAAACGUAGGGCUGAAAUGUAACUGAUAGAUGGCUCUCAUUUUUUGUCUUACAGCCUUCAGUUAACGUCUUGACUCUGAGAUGAUCUAAUAGUUCAAGUUUACCGUGGAUGAAGUGGUGGUUAGCUGGUUAACCUGGAGCUAAGCAGCUUCAGAAAAGAAAAUGGCGAUAUUAAAUCAGGCGGGAUUACAUAGUUGACAGUGAGGAUGACUACGUAUUUGGUAAAUUCAAGUCGAGUGUAAUGCAGGAUGCAAUGAACUACAUAAUUUAAUAUUGCGCACAAAAUGCUUCUUCGUCCCAUUCAUCGAAGUUUUGUUAAAAAUUAUAUGAUUUAAUAAUUUACUUUGUAUUAUAUUUGUCUUUAAUUAAUCCUAAAGGAAAUAACACACACAGACACACACACAUACACAUAUAUCUAUAAACUUACAUGUGAUGGCCUAGGACUAAGAACAUGUGUAUUUUACUGCAUUUAAAAAUUACAAAAUGAUUGUUAUUGCAACUUAUAAAAUUAGUGUAUUUAUGUGAAAUAAUUUGUAAUUAACUAGCAGGAGUUGGGGUUGGUAUAUAUAUGAAAAUUUAUUUGUAAUAAAGUAGACAUGCUGGGAUUGCAAUGCACUUCAAACAACUCCAGACAAUUGUCAAUUUUGCUAGCCUAAAAUUAAGUGUGAAAAUAAAUGUUUUUUUUUUUUCCUUUUCCUAUCUUUCAAAUCUACACCAUGUUCCUUCAAUGCCAGAACUACGGCUUGAACUAGCCAUUUUACAUGGUAAGUGAAUGUUUACUCUUUGUUGUCAUAACCUCACAACUGAAAGUAACUUUGCUACUUUGGCUGUGGUCACAACUGGAGAUUGCCGAUGUUCAUUUGAUCACCAAAAUUGAUUUAAGUCUCCAUUAAUAGAUAGAUUGAUUAUUCAUAUUCGUAGCAUUUUUGAUGGCUUGCAGGUAAACUAAGGCCAUAUCGCGACUCAGAGCACUUCCUCGUAUGAUGGUGUUUGUUUUUUAAGCUUCGCAAUGCAUGCGAGGCUUUUCAUCACUUUCGAAGCUUCAAAUGAAACUCAACAAAUUGCCUGGCGAAGCCAAAUUGAAUAUUAAAACAAGCUUCGAUUCAAUAAGUCAAAGCUUCGGAAAAGGCCUACUUAAUACACCAUUCAUUCUUUACCUAGUAGUUGACUUAUCGUUGGCCAGCAUUUAGAUUUUUAAAAGAAGAUGGUAAAACCGGCCCUUAUAAAUCUAGACUUAUUAACAGGGAAGUUUUAUUAAAAGGAUAAAAUUGUAUUUUUUUUUUUAUUGUAUUGUGCAGUAAAUUUUCUUAAGUGGGUUUAGCAGUUUUUGCUGGAAUUAAUACUUCUCACGUGAACUUAUGUUAAUCAUGUAACACAUUUGUGUGAUGUAACAACAUUCCCAAAACUGUAAACCUCAAAUGUAGAGAAAUUGUAGGUGUCUUGUUUGAUUAUAAGCAGCUUGUAUGUGUAUUACCAUUUUGUGAUACUUUCUUGUUCCUUGUAUCUAAUAUUUAUUUUGCUUUAGCAAAGGAUAGAAUAUGUAUAACAUGUGAGGCUAGAUUUUAUACAUGAGCUAGAAUUGCCAAAUAUUUUGUAUAGGGCAGACUAAUGUUGAGUUUACAUCAACUCUGAUAGCUGAUAGUAAUGUUUCAGUUGAAAUUUUCUUAGAUAAUUGAUGAUAAACAAAUUUAACUAAAAAAUUUGUCAUUAUUCUUAGUUACUAAAGAAAGACAAGAGUUUAUUUUUUUUAUUUUUUUCCCCCUCAUGAUGGAGGAAUCUCAUUCAUUUGAUGAACCUACCCAUCUAAAUUUAUGAUUUGUUGGUGAGUAAACAUAUAAAUAGGGAUGUGCGAGUACUCGAUAUUUUCGGGUACGGUUCGAAUCCACAAUUACCCGAACCCGGAAUCGUUGCACAUACAUGGAUUCGAACAGUAUUACGAAUAUUCACAAAAGUUAUAAAUUAAUUUAAUACAGCUCAAAAAUACUAGCAGUGAAAAAAUAAAAUUGGGCUACUAAUACGUAAGUAUUUAUAAUAUGAUGUAUCAAAGAAAGAUAUGUAAAUUAAAUAAUUAACACAGUGACAUUGAAAGAAUUUCGAGAUUUCGAGAGCUUAAACUAUAAUACUAUAAUUAUGAAUUUCGUUGUAUAGCAAACUAUAAACUAAAAACAAUUACAUACCUACAAGAAAAAAAGUCUUUGCUAUUUAUUGGAGAAAAAAUGGUUUCGUUUGCUGAAACUUUUAUAAAACUGAGAUUUCCCUGUGGCGUGCAGUUUGUUACGAUUGAGUUGGAGAAUCGAAUAUGUUUUGGUUUUCAUAUUUUAAAGUGUUUAUUAUUAAUUAAGUAUACAUAAUCAUAAACAUUUCAAUCUCAGUGUAAUAAAUAAUUGCCAGUAGUUACAGUUAGAAACAAGAGAACACACAUUUUUAAAUUAAUAAGUUAUUUUUAAUUAUUCUGAGCUUAAUAUUCGGAAUCGGAUUCAUAUCUCAAAUAUUGCUAGGGAUUCGAAUCAGAUUCGAACCGAACUGAAAAUCAAGGAUUCGCACAUCCCUACAUAUAAAAUUAAAAGUUUUCCACUUGAGUAUGUUCCAAGAUUUAAAUGGAAAUACUGAUAUUUAGUCAAUAUUUUCAAUUAAGCAAAAUCCUGUUACAAAUAUCUAUAAUAGCACAAUUUGUUAUGUUACCUAACUAAUGUAAUAAAACCACUAAAAGAUUUUACUGUUAACUUAAGCAAAAUAUAAUUUAUGAAACUCUGUAGGUUUUAACUGUUUAUUCUAAUUUUUUAAAUCUAUGUAUGUUACUUUUGUUAAAUAAAUAAACUUUUAUAGUCCUGUU